ACAUUCAGGAUGCUUUAUUUUUCAGAGUUCGUAUGUCUAUGUGUUCGAUGGCCUGCCUCGUUUUCUGGGUAACGGAGUCGUACAUUCUGAUCACAAUCUAAUUGGAGCAUUUUGUGGCACCACGAGGACUCAGCCUAUCACAGUGGAGGCCACCUCAGGUGUGAUCUCAGUCUACUUUGAAGCCAACGUCACUUCAGACAGACCUCAAGGCUUCAAUGCAUCUUUCUGGGUACGACGGUGUCAGCAGAGCUCUGAUGAGGAUGAAGACGGAUCUGUAUGUCCAGGUGGAGCCCAGUGCCAGGGUGGGCUCUGCCAGUGCCCUCAGGGAUAUGGGGGACCACACUGUGACCGGCUAGUGUGCCCACAGGAUUGUGGAAUAGCAGAAGGAAGAGGAACUUGUAAUAUAUCUCUGGGAGUGUGCGUGUGCUCAGAGAGCUGGGUUGGGUCAGACUGCUCUAUUCCUCGAGACUUCAACAGCUUGGUGUGGGAAACCUUACUGGACACACAGAUGACUGUGAACCAGGCCCACAGGUUCCUCCACAGGAUGGGACACUCUCUGGUGUCUGGACCACAGGGCAACCUCUGGAUGUAUGGAGGGCUUUCUCUGACAGAAGGAAUUCUGGGAAAUGUCUAUAGAUAUUCUGUGUUGGAACGUCGUUGGACACAAAUGUUGACAAGCUCUGUGGAAGAAGGGUCGAUGCCAAACCCUCGCUACCAUCACGCCUCUGCAAUGCUGAGUCAUGAGUCUGGCGCUGGAGCCAAUCAUAACUUUAUGUUGGUAGUAGGCGGGGUCACACAAGAUGGCGUUUCCAUGGAUACCUGGACUCUCAAUCUCAGCAGUUUAGUCUGGAGAGAGCACAAGAGCACAGUGCUUCCUCCAGUGGCAGGUCACACUUUAACUGUACGGCGAGACUGCUCUGUGCUGUUGAUUGGCGGUUACUCUCCUGAAAAUGGUUUCAAUCACCAUUUACUUGAGUUCAACCCUCAGUCUGGAAACUGGACCAUUGCCCCCCACACUGGCACACCACCUACAGGUUUGUAUGGCCACACGGCAGUCUACCAUGAACAGACUGAUUCCAUCUAUGUCUUUGGAGGCUACCGCUUUCACGUGGAAAGUGUAGAGCCAUCUGCUGAGCUCUACAGCCUGUAUUACCCCAACCUCACCUGGUCUUUGCUGGCCACCUCUCAGGGUAUUAAGCCCCUGUCCCGUUUCUUCCAUGCUGCUGCACUGAUUAAAGACACUAUGGUGAUUGUGGGCGGCAGGACAGAAGCAGAAGACUACAGUAACUCUGUCUCUCUGUACCAGAUCAACUGUAACACCUGGAUACAACCAGUGUCAGCUGUUGGAGAUCCGGUUAAUGGUUCGGUGUCCCUUGCUAUGACGAGCUGGGGCGGUCGUCUCUUCCUGUCAGGAGGCUUCAAUGGCGUCACCCUUGGCAGACUCCUAACCCUGUCUGUGCCCUCUGACCCCUGCGCCCUUCUUCCCACACCAGAGGCUUGCAACACCACCACAGGCAGCUGCAUAUGGUGUAGAGGGAGCUGUGCUUCUUCUGACACUGCUGAGAGAAUGGGAUGCUUCACUGGACAGUCUCCCUGUUCUCCAACCCCUCGUGAGCCAGACCAGUGUCGCAGACUCAAGACAUGCAGUGAAUGCCUUGCACGACACCCUAAAACAUUUUCCAGUCAAUCCCAGCCUGUUUUACAGUGUAAGUGGUGCACAAAUUGUCCAGAGGGGGCUUGUAUCAGCAGCUCUCUCAGCUGCACAGCUGUACAUGACUGUCGAAUCAACCAGAGAGAGAUCUUCCUGUCCAGCAACUGCACUGAGACUAGCUGUGAGGCUUCUGACUGCCCCAAGUGUACAGCUUCUGGAAAAUGCAUGUGGACUCGCCAGUUCAAACGCACAGGCGAAACGAGGCGCAUCUUGAGUGUGAAUCCCACUUAUGACUGGACAUGUUUCAGCUACGCUCUGCUCAACGUCUCACCCAUGCAGGUGGAGUCAUCCCCUCCUCUGCCGUGCCCUCCGCCAUGCCACAGUCUCCAUAACUGCAGCCUUUGUCUGAGCUCCAAUGGCUCUGAUGGGGGCUGGCAGCACUGUGUGUGGAGCAUGGCCCUGCAGCGGUGCAUGAGCCCAUCUUUUGUGCCCCUCCGGUGUGAGGCAGGCCAGUGCGGUCGACUGCUUUCUAGGGGAGACUCCUGCUCUCCCCAGUGCUCCCAGCUCACUCAGUGCUCCCAGUGCAUUGCUAGGCCUCAGUGUGGUUGGUGUUCUCCUCACGGUGGCAAUGGGGCUGGACGCUGCCUACAGGGAGGACUUGAUGUUGUGAGUGAGGGUGUCUGCCCUUUGACUAACAGCAGCUGGUCUUUUCUUCAUUGUCCAGAGGAGGAUGAAUGCGCCAACGGUCAUCACAACUGUUCCUUUGGGAACACCAUGCAUUUGGGAAAUGCAUAGUGGGCAUGCUGUAGUCUAGGUUGUAGUCUAUGCUGUAGUUCAUAGGUUGUUGUUGUUGUUUCAUAGGUGAAAACACCUUGUGUUUUAUAUGGGACUGCAACACAUUUUUAUCCUUUGCUCUCCCUUCCCACAUACUUUAGUUUUAUAAAAAACAGCACCUUAAGCCAAGAUGGUGUUCUAACAUCUGGCUGCAAAAGCACCAAAACCUAUCACUGUGGGUCUCCUGCAGGCUAAAUUGUUAUUUGGUUUCCACGCUGCAGCAAAGUGGAGACAUUUUUGUCACUGGAGAUUUCAAAGGUUGUGCAGAUUUCUUUGGAUUAGGUUUAAAAAAACACUUUUAACAAAAAAUACAUUUACAGCACUUGAAGGGUGUCCCUCAUUUUCCCACACAAACAAACUCUUUGUCCUAUAUUGGGUUUGUUUGAAUCUGCUCAUCCUGCUCCUCACCAGAUAUUUAUUGUUCCCUCCAGGACCACUAGAGGCCAGUACUUCAAAAAACAGUGAGUAGAUCUGCUUCCCGUUAGUGAUGGGAAUUCCGGCUCUUUUUAGAGAACCGGCUCUUUCGGCUCACUAAAAAGAGCCUGCUCUUUCAGCUCCCAACUGGCUCUUACCUAACCAGCUGGCUUCAACGUAUGGAAGAAAAUGCAGUCUCAUGUGAAAUAUUGUGAGUAUGUUACACGGUGGGAUUUUGGAACAGUGGAACUGCCUUUAUUGCCCGAAAUAUACACAAAUUUUAGAAGGCCCCAUUUUUACUUUGAGCCACCAGUUGGUAACAUGCACGUGUGACUUUUGAAGACAUACAUGCACUAGAGUGCAUCUGAUAGGCUAAACUUUAUUAUAAGAAUUGUGAAUGUAGAUCAGUAUUGCACUUCAGUCAUUGCCUGAAAACCAGUGUUGUAUGGACUGAGCUGUUCAUCAUGUAUUUGUUAUCAUUUGACAGUGAUCCAGAUCCUCCAUGAAAACUAAGCUUGAGCUUGAGGAUGGCUAUACUACAGUAUUUCAGGACCGAAUACAAAAAUAACUAGUCUGUUUAUUUAUUUCAGAGAGAAAGAAAUGCCACUGAACCUUGGAAUCAGUACAUUUUAAUACUAGUUAGUCUUUUCCUGCCAGCACUUAAUAGUGGAUGUUUGUAGUCUUGAGCUCUAGAACAGUGCAUAGAGAUUGUACAUGACUUUCCUACAUUUAGUACAUUUAGCAUAUCUCUUCACAAGAAAUUUGACCCCCAUUGUGCCUUUUCUCAACCUGUGUGUGCCGAUCCAGUGCUUUUCAGUUUCUCAUGUAACAAAGUAGUGGUUUACAUGUUCUCUGGCCAGUGCACCGAACACAGCCUCGCCUUGGCUGUCUUUGAGUUCAGACCUGGUCGGUGUGAAGGAAAUCUCAGAGCGGCUGACUGUCCCUGAUAACCCACAGCGCUUUGAUCCCUGCGUCUUUGUCCUAGGUGCUGAAGCUUACACCUCCGGGAAACACAAAUGGGAUGUCUUUGUAGGUGACAACCCCAAGUGAAUAGUGGGAGCGUGCAGAGAGUCAUUGACCUGAAAAGAUUCGAGUCAAGCUUAAUAUAGAAAAGGGAGAGGUGUCAUUUUGGGAUGGAGGGUUAGGGAAGCACCUGGUCACACUUACACACAAGUUUGAAGGUGCGAUAUUUCCUAUUUUUGGUCCCGGCCUCCAUAGCUCGCCCAUGGCUCUGGUUCCAGGAAAAAUAGCUAUACACAUGUCAACAACCCAAGAUAAGGUUAGACGUGAAGAUGCAAGAUUGAAAAUCAAUGAUGAAAAACUUUUAAAAGCAAGAGAAACUCGACAAGCCUUUAUCAGUCGAUCAGGGGCAACGAGAACAUCAAAAAAAAGUUUAAAAGAUUAAAUCUGCCAGUAGAUGAAACAUCAGUUUAAGUAUAAAGAUGAAAAUAAUGACACUGACAUAAUGUUCGAAGCGUGUGAUAAAACACAAUGUCAGAAACACAAUUUAGAGUGAAAUGCCUAAACUUUAAAACAUGCAAACCAGCCUGCAAAAGACAGUCAAGAUGAAACGUGUUGACUGUGUGCAGAAGACAGAAACCAAGAAGUGAUCAAAGGAUGACACUUUGUGCCGUAGUGCCUUUGCUGAGAGAAACCGAAUCCACUGAUCUUUUGGCACCUUGCUAGUGACCGACCAAAGGAGGAAAAAGUAAACUGAAUUUGGGAUGUCACACUAUUUCUACUCAUAGGUGUAUUUUGUUAUUUCUUUCUUUUUUCUUUGUUUUCACCUUGCAUUGCAAUGAUGGAAGAUUUCAGGCUGUAUUGAUUUGUUUAUGAGUUCACAGCGUUGCCUUUACAGUGUUUAUUAUGCACAACAGUUGUCUGGCCCUCUGCACCUCCCUACCCUCGUGUUUUGAGCGUAGUUAAUGUGGCCAAACAGAAACAAAACACAUGACAAAAACAAAGGAUUGGACUGAGAGCUUUAUUUUUUUUUAAUCCUUCAAUGAAAUAAAGGCGAUGAUGGUGAUUAAGUUUGAAACUUCACUGUUAUAAAGUCACUUGCUUCUGGGUUUUAGGGGAUGAUAUUGUAGUUGUUGUUAGCCUUUGAGUUAUUUGAUUUCUGUGAGUAAUAGGAAUAUUUCUUGAAAUAUACACUUAAAUGCGCUUCAAAUGUCUUUGGUGAUGCUGAUGUUUUGGAUUAAAAUGCAAAAUGAAACUGCUGAUUGUUGGGAUAGUUAGACUGCUAUGCUGGCUAUCAUUCACUAUACUAAGUUCAUGCUUAGCAACACUUUGUGAUAUAAAAUAUGCUACUACAGUGUGUGUAACCUCUAAACAUUAACACUUUUGUGUACGUCUUCAAUUAAAAACUGUUUCAAAUUAAA